ACUGAAAGAAUUGUUUUACAGUAUCUGACAGCCAAACCGACAGUGACUAUUUAUCAGUUGGGGGGUGCAGUGAAGUGAAUUUGGAGUCCGUUGUAGGCGGGGGCUGCGGGGGCUGCGGCGGCGGUCACUGUCGGGUCUAGGAGGGGCCCCUGUGUCGUAGCAGCAGCAGCAGCAACAGCAGCAGCCCUGCCUCUCCUCUGUGGUGCGAUUGCAUGCCAGAGGCCAAACACAUGCCCGCAUCUCCAUUGUGCGCGAGGAGCAGAACGUUACACGGCGGCUGCGCAUCAGUUGCACGGCGGACUGCGUGGGGAACCGCACUCGAGCUUCUCGGAACGACACCAGGUGCCCACAUUGCUCUCAUCAACCCAACAUAAGAUGUCCCAUCGAAGUGGUCAAGAGGACCCGGAGCGGUACCUCUUUGUGGAUCGUGCCGUGGUUUACAACCCGGCCACACAGGCUGACUGGACAGCCAAGAAGCUGGUUUGGGUUCCCUCAGAGCGCCAUGGUUUUGAGGGGGCCGGUAUCCGUGAGGAGCGUGGUGAGGAGGUUGUGGUGGAGCUGGCUGAAAAUGGUAAAAAGGUGGUGAUCAACAAGGAUGAUAUCCAGAAGAUGAACCCUCCCAAGUUCAGCAAGGUGGAGGACAUGGCCGAGCUCACCUGCCUGAACGAGGCAUCUGUGCUACACAACCUGAAGGACCGCUACUACUCUGGACUCAUAUAUACAUAUUCUGGCUUGUUCUGCGUGGUCAUCAACCCCUACAAGAACUUGCCCAUCUAUUCAGAGAACAUCAUUGAGAUGUACCGGGGGAAGAAGAGGCACGAGAUGCCGCCUCACAUCUACGCCAUCUCGGAGUCAGCAUACCGAUGUAUGCUUCAAGAUCGUGAGGACCAAUCAAUUCUUUGCACAGGUGAAUCAGGGGCCGGGAAGACUGAGAACACAAAGAAGGUGAUCCAGUACCUGGCCCACGUUGCCUCCUCACACAAAGGACGCAAAGACCACAACAUUCCACCAGACUCUCCCAAAGCAUUCAAGCUACAGGGCGAGUUGGAACGCCAGCUCCUUCAGGCCAACCCUAUCUUGGAAUCGUUCGGUAAUGCCAAGACGGUGAAAAAUGACAACUCCUCCCGCUUUGGCAAGUUCAUCCGAAUCAAUUUUGACGUCGCUGGCUACAUUGUUGGGGCCAAUAUUGAAACCUAUCUUCUGGAGAAAUCACGGGCAAUAAGACAGGCCAAAGAUGAGAGAACUUUCCACAUUUUUUACCGCUUGCUGGCAGGGGCAGGAGAGCAUCUCAAAACGGACCUGCUUCUCGAAGGCUUUAACAACUACCGAUUUCUGUCAAAUGGAAAUAUUCCCAUCCCUGGCCAGCAGGACAAAGACAAUUUCCAGGAGACAUUGGAGGCCAUGCACAUCAUGAGCUUCUCCCAUGAUGAGAUUGUCUGCAUGUUGAAGGUAGUCUCAGCAGUGCUGCAAUUUGGCAACAUUGUCUUCAAGAAAGAGAGAAAUACCGACCAGGCCUCCAUGCCAGAGAACACUGCGGCACAGAAGCUUUGCCAUCUGCUGGGAAUGAACGUGAUGGAGUUCACAAGAGCUAUCCUCACUCCAAGGAUAAAAGUAGGACGAGACUAUGUACAGAAAGCACAGACCAAGGAACAGGCUGACUUUGCAGUAGAAGCCUUGGCUAAAGCUACAUAUGAGCGACUAUUUCGUUGGCUUGUCCAUCGCAUUAACAAGGCCCUCGACAGGACUAAACGUCAGGGUGCAUCUUUCAUCGGCAUUCUGGAUAUCGCUGGAUUUGAGAUUUUUGAGCUGAACUCAUUCGAGCAGUUGUGCAUCAACUACACCAACGAGAAGCUGCAGCAGCUCUUCAACCACACCAUGUUCAUCCUGGAGCAGGAGGAGUACCAGAGGGAGGGUAUCGAGUGGAGCUUUAUCGAUUUCGGCCUCGAUCUGCAGCCUUGCAUCGAACUCAUCGAGAGGCCGAAUAACCCUCCUGGUAUUCUGGCUCUGUUGGACGAAGAAUGCUGGUUUCCCAAAGCCACAGACAAGACCUUUGUGGACAAAGUGCUCCAGGAGCAGGGCACCCACACUAAGUUCCAAAAACCACGUCAGCUCAAAGACAAAGCUGACUUUUGCAUCAUCCACUAUGCAGGGAGGGUGGACUAUAAAGCAGAUGAAUGGCUAAUGAAGAACAUGGACCCCCUGAACGACAACGUGGCCACGCUGCUGCACCAGUCCACUGACAAGUUUGUGGCUGAACUCUGGAAAGAUGUUGACCGAAUCGUGGGUCUGGACCAAGUUGCUGGCAUGAACGAGACAGCAUUUGGCGCCGCAUACAAGACUAAGAAGGGCAUGUUCCGCACUGUGGGCCAGCUGUACAAAGAGCAGCUGUCUAAGCUGAUGGCCACACUGAGGAACACUAACCCUAACUUUGUCCGCUGCAUCAUCCCCAAUCAUGAGAAAAGAGCUGGUAAGCUCGAUCCUCACCUGGUUCUGGACCAGCUAAGAUGUAAUGGUGUCCUGGAAGGGAUCCGUAUCUGUAGACAAGGCUUCCCCAACCGUAUAGUAUUCCAAGAGUUCAGACAGAGGUAUGAAAUUCUCACUCCUAACGCCAUCCCCAAAGGCUUUAUGGACGGCAAGCAGGCCUGCGAGAGAAUGAUCAAAUCCCUGGAGCUUGACAACAACCUGUUUCGCAUUGGCCAGAGUAAAAUCUUCUUCAGGGCGGGAGUCCUGGCCCACUUGGAGGAAGAGAGAGACCUGAAGAUUACCGAUAUAAUUAUUUACUUCCAGGCCGCUUGCCGCGGCUAUCUGGCACGCAAAGCCUUUGCCAAGAAGCAACAACAGCUCAGUGCACUGAAGGUUCUCCAAAGAAACUGUGCUGCAUACUUGAAGCUACGUCACUGGCAGUGGUGGAGACUCUUCACUAAGGUGAAGCCUUUGCUGCAGGUGACCAGACAGGAGGAAGAGAUGCUGGCUAAAGAUGAGGAACUGGUUAAGGUGAAGGAGAAGCAUACAAAGGUGGAGGGACAGCUGGUAGAGAUGGAACGAAAACACCAACAGUUAGCGGAGGAGAAAAACAUCCUAGCAGAGCAGCUGCAGGCAGAGACCGAGCUGUUUGCGGAGGCUGAGGAGAUGAGAGCUCGCCUGGCUACCAAGAAACAAGAGCUGGAGGAGAUCCUCCAUGAUCUGGAGUCCAGACUGGAGGAAGAAGAAGAGAGGGCGCAGGGCAUGGUCAACGAGAAGAAGAAGAUGCAAUCGCACAUCCAGGACUUGGAGGAGCAGUUGGAUGAGGAGGAAGCCGCUCGGCAGAAGCUGCAGCUUGAGAAAGUCACCGCUGAGGCCAAAAUGAAGAAAUACGAAGAGGAUAUUUUGCUGCUAGAAGACCAAAACACCAAGUUUAUCAAGGAAAAAAAGUUGAUGGAGGAUCGCAUUAACGAGAUGACCACUUUCCUUGCUGAGGAGGAGGAGAAGGCCAAGAACCUGGGAAAAGUCAAGAACAAACAAGAGAUCAUGAUGGUCGACUUGGAGGAGAGGCUCAAGAAGGAAGAGAAGACCCGCCAGGAGCUAGAGAAGGCUAAGCGGAAGCUGGAUGGCGAGACAUCAGACUUCCAGGACCAGAUUGCUGAGCUCCAGACCCAGAUAGAGGAGUUCAAAACGCAAAUUGUCAAGAAAGAGGAUGAGCAGCAGUUACUUCAGACAAGGGGCGAAGAUGAGGUCAACCAGAAGAACAACGCGCUGAAACAAGUGCGAGAACUUCAAGCCCAGCUGUCUGAGCUUCAGGAGGACAUGGAGUUGGAGAAACAGGCCAGGAACAAGGCUGAAAAGCUCAAGAGGGAUUUGAGUGAAGAACUGGAGGCUCUAAAGACAGAACUGGAGGACACCCUUGAUACAACUGCUGCCCAGCAGGAACUAAGGACCAAACGAGAGCAAGAGGUUGCAGAACUGAAGAAGGCCAUUGAGGAUGAGACCAAAAACCAUGAGGCUCAGAUACAGGAUAUGCGACAGAGGCAUGCCACUGCUUUAGAAGAGCUCUCCGAGCAGCUCGAACAGGCUAAGAGGUUCAAAGCCAAUCUGGAGAAGACCAAACAGAGCCAGGAAAGUGCCAACAAAGAACUGGCCUGUGAGGUCAAAAGCCUUCAGCAGGCAAAGACGGAGUCUGAACACAAGAGAAAAAAACUGGAGGCUCAGUUGCAGGAGGUCACUGCCAGAAACACGGAAGGGGAACGGACCAAGGGCGAGCUGACCGAACGUGUCCACAAACUGCAGACUGAGCUGGACAAUGUCUCAGCCAUGCUGGAAGAUUCAGAGAGAAAAGGCAUCAAGAUGACAAAAGACGUUGCUGGAUUAGAAAGUCAGCUCCAGGACACACAGGAGCUGCUCCAAGAGGAGACCCGUCAGAAGCUGAACCUCAGCAGCCGCAUGCGCCAGUUAGAAGAGGAGAAGAACGCCCUCCAGGAGCAGCAAGAGGAGGACGAGGUGGCACGCAAAAAUGUGGAGAAACAAUUGCUGACAUUACAGGCUCAGCUGUCCGACAGCAAGAAGAAGCUUGAGGACGAUGUGGGGACGAUCGACGCCCUGGAGGAAGCAAAGAAGAAGCUGCAAAAGGACCUGGAGAUGUCAGGCCAACGUCUGGAGGAGAAGACCAUCGCCUUUGAGAAGAUGGAAAAGACAAAGACUCGUUUGCAGCAGGAGCUGGAUGAUCUAACUGUUGACUUGGAUCACCAGAGGCAGAGUGUGUCCAGCCUGGAGAAGAAACAGAAGAAGUUUGACCAGAUGCUGGCUGAGGAGAAGAGCAUUUCAGCCCGCUAUGCUGAAGAGCGUGACCGGGCAGAAGCUGAGGCCAGGGAAAAGGAGACCAAAGCUCUCUCGAUGACCAGAGCGCUGGAUGAGGCUCUAGAGGCCAAAGAGGAGCUGGAGAGGGUCAACAAGCAGCUCCGUGCUGAAAUGGAAGAUCUGAUGAACUCAAAGGAUGACGUGGGCAAGAAUGUUCACGAGCUGGAGAAAUCCAAGCGCACUCUGGAGCAGCAGCUGGAGGAGAUGAAAACUCAACUUGAGGAGCUGGAGGACGAGCUGCAGGCCACCGAGGAUGCUAAGCUACGCUUGGAGGUCAACAUGCAGGCCAUGAAAGCUCAGUACGAGCGUGAUCUUCAGGGCCGUGACGACCAGAACGAAGAGAAGAAGAGAGCGCUCGUUAAGCAGGUCCGAGAGAUGGAGGCAGAGCUGGAGGACGAGAGGAAGCAGAAAGGACUGGCCGUCGCUGCGAAGAAGAAGCUAGAAAUGGAUUUGAAGGACGUGGAGGGUCAGAUUGAAGGUGCUAGCAAGGCUCGAGAUGAAGCCAUUAAACAGCUGCGCAAGUUACAGGCCCAGAUGAAGGAUUACCAAAGGGAACUGGAAGAUGCCAGGGCUUCCAGAGAUGAUAUUUUUGCCUUAUCCAAGGAAAAUGAGAAGAAACUAAAGAGUCUGGAGGCCGAGAUUGUUCAGCUGCAUGAGGACCUGGCGGCGUCAGAGAGAGGACGACGCCACGCGGAGCAAGAAAGAGAUGAACUGCAAGAUGAAAUCUCCAAUAGCACCUCCGGAAAGACCGCUCUGAUGGAUGAGAAGAGGAGGCUGGAGGCUCGUAUCGCUCAGCUCGAAGAAGAGCUCGAAGAAGAGCAAGGCAACAUGGAGCUACUCAACGACCGCUUUCGAAAGACCACUAUGCAGGUGGACACGCUGAGCACAGAGUUGAGCGUGGAGCGGAGCACAUCGCAAAAGAGCGAAAACGCCCGGCAGCAGUUGGAACGUCAGAACAAGGAUUUGCGGGCCAAGCUGGGCGAACUGGAAGGUUCUGUGAAAAGUCGCUUCAAGGCUUCCAUCAUGGCGCUGGAGGCCAAAAUAGCACAGCUGGAGGAACAACUGGAGCAGGAGGCCAAGGAAAGAGGAGCAGCCAACAAGUUAGUCCGGAGGACUGAGAAGAGGCUGAAAGAGAUAUGUAUGCAGGUGGAAGAUGAACGCCGCCAUGCCGACCAGUUUAAAGAGCAAGUGGAAAAGACCAACUCGCGCAUGAAGCAGCUAAAGCGCCAGCUGGAGGAGGCAGAAGAGGAGGCCACCAGGGCCAAUGCGUCACGCAGGAAACUGCAGCGAGAGCUGGAUGACGCCACGGAGGCCAGCGAGGGUCUCAGCAGGGAGGUCCACACCUUGAAGAACCGCCUCCGGCGCGGCGGACCCAUCAGUUUCUCUUCCAGUCGCUCAGGCAGACGUCAGUUGCCGGUUGAGGGAUCGUCCUUGGACCUUCUGUCUGAUGACGAGCUGGAAAACAAAGUGACAGACAACAACGCCAAUGAGACAGCCACCCCCCAGCAGGAAUAAAUGGCAACAAGCCUUAACUUUUCGCCUGCGGCUGCAAUAAGGAACUCGUCGGUAUCAGCUUCUUGAGUAUAAGCAUCUUUCGAUAUCACAUGUUGCAUUAAAGACACCAGCGGUUGGAAUCCCAACAUUCUCUUUUCCCAACAAAUGUUGCCUUAUUGGUCCUGUAGAGCAUCGUUGAGUAGUCCGCAUUCAUCUCCUCCCCAAGUCCCAGAGCGUACAUUUAAGAUCCAUAAGUUAUUUUUAGAUAAGUAGUUUUUCCAGCCCUGUACGAGGAUGCUUUGCUUGUGUAUGAAAGUAGAGAACGCGCUCCUCUGCCUCCUGUAUUUUGCGUUCAUCUUCUGUGCCUUGUUCCACUCCCUUCAAAAACAUUUAUGCCACAUUUACUGUUCAUAUAUGCAUCAUUUUGUGAAGAUGUAUUUUAAUAAAACAUCCAUGUAAUUAAUUACAUUUUAGAGAAAA